AUGACAUUUAAAUAAAAAAAUUCAAAGUUGUCAGAAAUAACUCAGAAAUUAACUUUAAAAAAACAGAGUGUAAAAAACAUGCGCCGCUAAAAUCAAAUUUUUGAUUUUUAAGUUAUUAAUACAAUGAUGUCUAUCAAGAUUAUUUAUUUGUUAAAAAUAACAAUUUUUUAGAAGGAUUUUUAGCUUUAAAAACUUGAUUAUCUUUCUAUUUAAUUAUAAUUAAUAAUAAUCAAAAAAAAAAAAACAAAUUAAAAAUUUAAUUAUUAAACCCUAAAAAAAAAAGCUAUGAGCACCCAAGUUGAAAACGUUGAACUCACUAACACUGAAACAACUGUUACUGAACACGUCAAGGAAGAAAAGGUUUCUGUCUGCAAAGAAGGAUCUACCAGCUCUUUGGGAGAAAAGAGUGUUGACACUUAACCUUCUACAGACGAACUUCCCGCUAAUACUCCUACUAAAGUUGAUGUUACUGAAACUACUACUGUAGCUGAAACCAAAACCGUAGAAGAAACUGUUGAAACAAAAACUGUAGAAGAGACUGUAGAAACCAAAGCCGUAGAAGAAACUGUUGUAGAAUAAACUACUACCACAGAAACUGUUGUUGAAUAAACUACUACUACUAAUACUGAAGUUACUGUUGAAGAAACAACAACUACUUAAACUGAAGAAAGCGAAGAAACUUUAAAUAGAAAGAGAACUGCUACUGAAGUUCAUGGUGAAACCACCACUACUGAAGCAUCAAGAGUAGAAGAAGAAGUAAAUCCUUCAGAAAACACUGAAGAACCUGAAUUAGCCAAGAAGGUAAAGCCCUCUGAUGAAUGA